AUGCCUGGUAUAUUAAAGUUGGUCCAAAUAGCAUGUAAUUUAAUCGGAUUCAUCUGUAUAAAAGUGUCAUGGUCAUGGAUAUCGGCCAUAUUCUACAAUAUACUGUACUGGUCAGCCAAUAUAAUAACACUGUUUCUUCUCAUCACGUACACCAUACACUUUGUGGAGAAGUUCAACAAGUGGCCGUGGCAUAAACUGGAGUGUUUUUAUUGUGCCAUUGUCGUGUUGACCUACUUUGGGUGUUCGAUAUUCGCUGCGACUCUUGGCGAGAGCGUUGGAUACGCCGUUAUGUUCUUUGGUCUGUGCGCGAUGAUCGCGUACGGCUUCGACGGCUACCUCAAGUAUAAGGGAUGGAAGAAGGGAACGCCUCCUCAGUGA